AGCCGGAGCUGAUCUCAUGUGUCCCAUCAUGUCGCAGGAGCUGAAGCAUCUCGUCGUCCAGUCGAUCUGAGCAGAAGAUCAAUUGUGACUGAGUGAGAAGAUUAAACCGACAUGUUUUGAAAAAGACUGUCGAUUUAAACCUUUUACAAAAUGGGUAAAAGGGACAAAGGAGACCGCGAGUCAAAAAAGUCCAAGAAGCGUUUCCACGAUGAGGAAGACGAUGAGGACGAGGCCGGGGGCAGCGAGUCUCAGGAGGCCAUACCCGCUGCCGCAGGGAAACAAGUGGACGAGUCCGGCACCAAACUGGACGAGUAUGGAGCCAAAGACUACCGAGCUCAGAUGCAGCUGAAGAACGAUAACCCUUCUCGGCCCCUCUGGGUGGCCCCAGAUGGCCACAUCUUCCUGGAGGCCUUCUCACCGGUGUAUAAGUACGCCCAGGAUUUCUUGGUGGCCAUCGCAGAGCCGGUGUGCCGGCCGAACCACGUCCACGAGUACAAGCUGACGGCCUACUCUCUGUAUGCAGCCGUCAGUGUGGGGCUGCAGACCGCUGACAUCGUGGAGUACCUGCAGAAACUCAGCAAGACGUCUGUACCUGAUGGAAUCGUGCAGUUUAUCCAGCUCUGCACAGUGAGCUACGGCAAAGUCAAGCUGGUGCUCAAGCACAACAGGUACUUUGUGGAGAGUGCCUUCCCCGAUACGAUCCAGCGCCUCCUGCAGGACACUGUGAUCCGUGAAUGUCGUCUGCGUACUGCAGAUGGUGCCGACACUGAGCUCAUUACUGAGAUCAUCCACAGCAAGUCAGCGAUCGCCAAGUCUCUUCAGGAAAAGGCAGGUACAUCCAACUCACAGCAGCCCAGCGAUGGACAAACUUCAACCCAGCAAGUCCCCGAGGACAUCUUCAGCUACUAUGAACAGAUGGAUAAAGAAGAGGAGGAGGAGGAGGAGACUCAGACUGUGUCCUUUGAGAUUCGCCAGGAGAUGAUCGAAGAACUGCAGAAGCGUUGCAUUCAGAUGGAGUACCCCCUCCUGGCAGAGUACGACUUUCGCAAUGAUACAGUCAACCCAGACAUCAACAUAGACCUGAAGCCCACCGCUGUGCUGCGGCCCUACCAGGAAAAGAGCCUGCGCAAGAUGUUUGGAAACGGACGUGCUCGUUCUGGGGUCAUCGUGCUGCCCUGCGGAGCUGGCAAAUCUCUGGUGGGCGUGACAGCAGCGUGCACAGUGCGUAAACGCUGCCUGAUUCUGGGUAACUCCUCUGUGUCGGUGGAGCAGUGGAAGGCCCAGUUCAAGAUGUGGUCCACCAUCGAUGACUCUCAGAUCUGCCGCUUCACGUCCGACGCCAAGGACAAACCCAUCGGCUGCUCGGUGGCCAUCAGCACCUACUCCAUGCUGGGUCACACCACCAAGCGCUCCUGGGAGGCCGAGAGGGUCAUGGAGUGGAUGCGGAGCCAGGAGUGGGGACUCAUCAUCCUGGAUGAGGUGCACACUAUCCCCGCCCGGAUGUUUCGUCGUGUUCUGACCAUCGUCCAGGCUCACUGCAAACUGGGGCUCACUGCCACACUGGUCAGGGAGGACGACAAGAUUGUGGACCUCAACUUCCUAAUCGGGCCAAAGCUGUAUGAGGCCAACUGGAUGGAACUGCAGAACAACGGCUACAUCGCUAAAGUCCAGUGUGCAGAGGUUUGGUGCCCGAUGUCUCCAGAGUUCUACAGGGAGUACGUGGCCAUUAAGACGAAGAAGCGCAUCCUAAUUUAUACCAUGAACCCCAAUAAGUUCCGAGCCUGCCAGUUUCUCAUUCGCUUUCAUGAGCGCCGCAAUGACAAGAUCAUUGUCUUUGCUGACAACGUGUUUGCCCUGAAGGACUACGCCAUUCGCCUCAACAAGCCUUACAUCUAUGGUCCGACAUCUCAGGGGGAGCGAAUGCAGAUUUUACAGAACUUCAAACACAACCCUAAGAUCAACACCAUUUUCAUCUCCAAGGUUGGAGACACCUCAUUUGAUUUGCCAGAAGCCAAUGUUCUGAUCCAGAUCUCCUCCCAUGGGGGGUCUCGCAGGCAGGAGGCCCAGAGGCUUGGUAGAGUCUUACGAGCCAAGAAAGGAAUGGUUGCAGAGGAGUACAAUGCCUACUUCUAUUCGCUGGUGUCCCAGGACACACAGGAGAUGGCUUACUCCACCAAGAGGCAGAGAUUCUUGGUGGACCAGGGCUACAGCUUUAAGGUCAUCACUAAGUUGGCAGGUAUGGAGGAAGAAGACUUGAUGUUUUCCACCAGAGAUGAGCAACAGCAGCUGCUGCUGAAGGUCCUCGCUGCGUCAGACCUGGACGCUGAGGAGGAAGUGGUGGCGGGGGAAUUUGGCGGACGACCACAGUUCUCGAGGCGAACGGGCACCAUGAGCUCCAUGUCCGGUGCAGAUGACUCCGUCUACAUGGAAUAUCACAGCAGAGGCAGCAAAUCCUCGGCGCUCAAGGGCAUUCAUCCGCUGUUCAAGCGCUUCAGAAAGUAGAUGCACUGACUGGGACGUUCACACCGAAAGACCUACUCUGUUGCUUCUCUACUGUUUGAGGUGGUUUCACAGACCUGCAUCUAAGAAUGAAAACCAAAUUGACUUUUGUUAAUACAGCUUUGAGUUAAUGUGGCCAAGAUUUAAACAUCACAAAUUAAAUCCACAUAAAUCAGUGGAUAAUACGGAUCAGUGUUCCUGGUUGUGCCUUUGGUGUUGUUGUUCGUUAAUAUGAUUUGUUAGAGAAUUUUCUUUGUAAUGUUGCUAAAUGGGUUUUGGAAAAGAAGAAACGUCUUUGGAUUAUUUAUUUUUUUACACGUGAUUAAACUUUUGAACCAUCAAAAUGUGUCACAUUAGGAAAAUAUAACAUUUCACAAGAGGAGAUGAUUCUAGAAUUUAAGUCUUUGUGUCAUAUACAUCUGAAAGUGCAGCAGGAGUGUGGAGGGAGGACACUCAGACAGAGACUCUGACACGGUACAAACCAACGCUCAUUGUUUGACAGCUUUGAUCUGUAGUGGAAACUCUGUAUUCACACUUUGUGUUUCCACUGUUGGACAUGCAUCACCCCGUUCACCUCCUCUUCGCCCUCAUCGCUGCGUCACCUGUGUCGGUGUGUGCGAGAAAACUCCGCAGAGGAGAUGAGAAGAGGAAGCGACACGACUUGAUCAAACACGGAGACAAACCAGUUAAAUGAUUGGUGCACCUAUUACAGACAUAAUAUAUGCUGCAUUCAAAACCAGAGUCUUUCCUGUCAGGAAUUUGGCGUGACAACAGUCGCCACUGGCACAUCACACUCCCCAGACCACAUCGCACUCCCCAGACCACCACCCUCAGCGGCUGACUUUUAAUCCGGCUGAGUAAAGAGUUGUAGCAUUAUGAGAUUGUUUUUCCCUUGUAGACUGAAUGGAGGAGAAAGCUUUGAUUCCUUUUGGGGAUUUGCAUUAGUAAAAUCUGGGGAUAGGGAGAGGUGAGUGUUUGUUUGGGUUUGUUGAAGACUUGAAGAUAUUCCAAAAAAAACACACGCAUGCAUCUAGAGCCUGGGGCCUGGUGCAGGCUGCCAGAAAUGGCAAGUGUGGGAAAACACCCUCCUCCGCUCAGCCACCUUUUCCUCAAGACAACGUGGAAUAAUUUCCCCUUGAAGGGCUCUAACUGUGGCUUGGUCCAAUAUGUGCAUUGUGCAAACUCGGAAUGGGCGAGAGGUGCAGGGAAUUGACAGAGACACAAGUAAAUGUUUGAUAGUGUAAAAUGUCAAAAUAAUAAAAGAAAUCUGUCAGAAUAUU